UGGAAGUGGAAGUUGCUGUGCUUUUCAUCGCACGAGCUCACAAUGGCAGGAAGGUGGAGUCUGAAGGCUAACGAGAGGAGCAGGCAGAGUGGAAUAGCCCACGUCUUCAACAGGCGGGGGUCUAGGGAGGGAGGGCCCUUUUCUGACUGAAAUCACAAAGUUAAAGGAAAAUGUAACUGUUGGAUUGCUGGCGUCUCUGCACCCUGGGCGUCCGCACAGAUUGAGUUUUAUUUUCCAUUGGAUGGUUGGCAUUUUGUGAAGUUGAAGACCAGUAGUCGUCUCUGUGUUUGACUCGUGACCGGGCAUCGCUGCGCUUGCAUCGGAACACAAGCCUGUUGGGCGAUCGCUCGCCAUGGCAAAAUGGUUCAAAGACUUCCAGCUGAGCUUGAAGACUCGACCGAAGCCAGAGGGCACUGGGGUAGCCCAGAGCGGGGCAGAGGGCGAGGGGGCGAACAGGAGUCGGCGAGCCACCCAGGGUGAGGUGACCCCGCGGGGAGUCGGCAGAGAGGUCAAAAGCGCAACGGAGAGAGGGCGCGGAGAAUCGGGGCUGGGGAAGCUCGGCAAGGCGGUAAGUGCCGGCAUACAGGGAAAAUCUACCGGCCUUCAGGGAAAGACUGUUGGCACCGCCGUUUUACGAGGCAAAACCGAAACAAACAAAAGCCUGAUUCACGGGAAGAAUCCCACAGGACUGAUUAAGAAUGGUUUAACCAUAAAGAAGGAUAAUGGGAAACUGAUCAAGGGGUCUGGGGAGAAUGGAAACAGUAUCCCUGGAAAAAGCAUCAAAAAUUCCCUCGCUGAUCCCGGGAGUGGGGACGAAAUUGGAAAGUCGGUCGGAAAACCGUUGUUAAAACGGGGACAAAAUCUCAGCAAAUCGGGACAAAGUUUAUCCGGGAAGCUCGGCUUGAAUCCAGGGAAAAUUACAGGCAAGAGCCCGGCCAAAACAGAAUUGAAAACUGAUCCGAUAACUGGCAAGCCAGACCCAAAAUCUGGGAAGGCCGACCUGAAAGUGGGGAAGAUGGACAUGAAAAGUGGGAAACCUGAUCUGAAACUGAAGAAGGCGGAUCUGAAGACGGGAAAACCGGACACUAAAACGCCCAAGUCCCCCGAUUUGAAACCUGGAAAGACUGACCUGAAACCGAGCAAGCCAGCAGCUCAAACCCCUGGGAAAACUGCAUUAAAUCUCGGGAAAAUAACCGGGACCAAUCCUGGGAAAAAUGUAUUGAAAUCUGGGAAGUCGGGACAAAGUCUGGGGAAAACAGGAUUGAAUCUUGGAAAAAUAACGGGGGCAAAACCCGGAAAAUCAGUACAGAACCCAGGGAAGCUCUCGGGGUCAAACUAUAUCUCGUCCAAACACCGACUGAUCAAAGUGGAAAACCAGGAGAAAAAUGGGAAAAAUCUUCUGAACAGGAUUCAGAGUGUGAAAAAGGAGGAAGAAACUGGGAAAGCCAAGCAGGACACGAUCAUCAUUAUGGAGGAUUAUGCGGACCCCUACGAUGCCAAGAAACGCGAGACGGGACAGAACGAGGCCGAGAGGGUGGGGGAAAACGAUGGCUACAUGGAACCAUACGACGCACAGCAAAUGAUAACAGAAAUCCGAAGGCGGGGGUCAAAGGAUCCACUUGGGAAACAAUCCCUGUUGUACGACAGUCCCUAUGAGCCGGGGGAGAUGGGAGCCAAGACGGAGGGCGUGGGGAACGCCGCGAUGGAGAGGACGGGGACCCCGUGGCCUAUCGACGGCUGCCUGCCGGAGAACGACGGGCGGCCAGCCGCAGAGUACGAGCAGCCCUGGGAGUGGAAGACGGAGCACAUCGCCAAAGCACUGGCAGUACAGUUUGACUCUGCGGAAAGAGCGUCCCCACCGAAAGAGGAGAAAGUCAGGCACCACGCCAGGCACCCGAGCUGGACUCAGAAGGCCCCAAAGCAACAGAUCUCUGAGAGCUGCGAAUCUGGAGAGAAGGUGGAUCCAACCAUUCCAUUAGAAAAACAACUCUGGUAUCAUGGAUCUGUCACACGGCAGGGGGCUGAGUCACGCCUGCAGGCCUGCAAGGAAGCGAGUUACCUGGUACGCAACAGUGAGUCAGGGAACUGCAAGUACUCACUCGCCCUCAAAACCAGCCAGGGAUGCGUCCACAUCAUCCUGGCCCAGACCAAGGAUAAUAAGUACACGUUGAAUCAGAACAGCGCCCUGUUCACCAGCAUCCCGGAGGUGGUGCAGUACUACUGCACCGAGAAGCUACCCUUCAAGGACGCAGAGCACAUGAACCUCCUGUAUCCCGUGCCCAACAGACAGCAGUGAACGGGGAAGAGACAAUGCAUCACCGUGGCCUCCUGACCAACUCUACCUGACACAGAGAGAGAGAGAGAGAGAGAGAGAGAGGGGAGCAGAUGUUGCACAAUGCUGCCUCUACACAGGACAAACAGCUUCCAAACUGACUUAACAGGUACCAGCAGAGAAAUGCCGUCAUGCGUUACACACCUACAGCGUUGCAGUGGAAGCCAGCGGCUCAAAAGGAAGCCAUCUUACAACAGGGAGAUUGAACGUAAGCUGAGAGCGGCUGCUAUUCUACCCCAGGAAAAUAGGGGAGAGGGGAAUUGGCAAAGAGAAAUGAAAGAAGGAUCCUGAAGGGUCUCGAUCCAAAACGUCACCCGUUCCUUCUCUCCAGAGAAGCUGCCUUUCGCCGACGUGUGUUGGCUAACAUGGCCUGUUUGACCCUUGCAAUACAUGGUCGAAGAUAGACGCAAAACAGCUGGGACAGGCAGCAUCUCAGGAGAGAAGGAAUGGGUGACGUUUCGAAUCGAGACCCUUCUUCAGACUUCAGCAUCUGCAGUUCCUCGACAGACACAGAGUGCUGGAGUAACUCAGCGGGACAGGCAGCGUCUCUGGAGAGAAGGAAUGGGUGACGUUUCGAAUCGAGACCCUUCUUCAGACUUCAGCAUCUGCAGUUCCUCGACAGACACAGAGUGCUGGAGUAACUCAGCGGGACAGCCAGCGUCUCUGGAGAGAAGGAAUGGGUGAUGUUUCGGGUCGAGACCCUUCUUCAGACUGAGAGUCGGGAAAGGGUCUCGACCCGAAAAGUCACUAUUUCUUAUAUAUAAUACCUGUCCCGCUGAGUUACUCCAGCUUUUUGUGUCUGUCUUUGAUUUAAACCAGCAUCUGCAUUUCUUUGGUAGACAAAAAUGCUGGAGAAACUCAGCAGGUGCAGCAGCAUCUAUGGAACGAAGGAAAUAGGCAACGUUUCGUCCCGAAACGUUGCCUAUUUCCUUCGCUCCAUAGAUGCUGCUGCACCCGCUGAGUUUCUCCAGCAUUUUUGUCUACCUUUGAUUUUCCAGCAUCUGCAGUCCCUUCUUAAACAUCUGCAGUUCCUUGUUGGACACAAAAUGCUGGAGUAACUCAGCGGGACAGGCAGCAUCUCUGGAGAGAAGGAACGGGCGAUGUUUUAGUUCCAUCCUACACAAUACAUUGUCGAACCUGUGUUUUAAUUGGGAAUAGUGUAAAACCCCUUCUACACUCUCUCACCCCGUGCUAACUGGUGCUGGGACCCUUCGAAGAUUUCAUACGGAACGAUUCUCCAUUCAUGACACUAGAAGUGACGAAUUACCACUGUUUCUGCAAAUAAUUUUGAAGAGAUUCUCAGCGCAAGAUGGCAAGAUUAACACUUGCAGUGUCUUAUUCCUGAUGUGUCGAACUCCCACUUGGGAAGCAGAGCUUGUGUUAUUUUCAGCGAUGAGUACAGUCACCCGAUCACAGCUCGCGCCUCUUGUCGAUGGGACAUGUCAGUGGGCAGCAACAGAUGGUGAGGAACUCUAUUGAAGUGUAUUAUGUGACAAGCAGUGGUUAGGGGAUUUGUUUCACCGCUUGAGAAAACUAUUAUAGCCUGUUCCUGUGAUAUGUAUGAAUUAAAACACUUG